AUGCCCCCCAAGAAGAAGGCCGGUAAUCCGGGAGGUCCCAAGCCUGGUACCAAACAGGCAAAGGCUGCGGCUGAGAACAAAGAUAAGAAACCUGCUGCCACACUGGAAGAGCCCAAGAAACCUACGGUGAAGGAGGUAAUUGGUGGCGCAUCAUGGACUGGCAAGUUACCUGUGAAUAUGCUCUCGGAGCAUUGCCAGAAGCAAAAAUGGGAGAGACCAGAGUAUAGCAUGACCACUGAUAGUUCCAAUUGCGAUCCACAGAUUCAUGUUUCCGGCGGCCAUGUCUCUGCGGUGACGCUUAAAAAAGUAGACCCCAAGACUCGCGAAUUGAUAGUCCUUCCUCCGAUGAAACUACCUCCAUCCUAUAAAGAGCUUGCCGCUCAAGCAACAGCGCUCGAGGCCCGUCAUUUCGCCGCAGCAUGGGCACUCUUCCGUGUGUGCAAUAUGCGUAAUAUCCAUAUGAUGAUGCCACCAACUUAUAAGAAGCUCUGGAAAGAGGAAUUUGCCGAAAUAAAGGUAGCAGAGACUCGAGAAGGAAAGGGUUGGUUGUAUGAGGCAGAUCCAUUCUUAGCCAAGCAAGAACGUGAAAGUGCGGCUGCGGACCUGGAAAAGAAGAGGGUGGAACGGGCCAAGAUGCAAGCUAAAGAGAAGGUCUCCUCUACUGACCUUGGUCUUGGAGGUGGUGAUAAUAAGAGCAAACGUAUUUGGUCUCAAGCGCCCAAAGUCGAUAUGGGUACUCGCAUCCGCCGCGAUAUUGAGGGUCUCUUGCGACAGCAUACAACCUGGAAUCCAUAUGAGAUCAAGAUUCCAGACGCAGAUAAGAAAGCAAUCGUCGAAGAAUUCUCAAAACUGGGAUUCCGUCGAAGCCAUGUGGAAGAAGCUGCAGCGGAAUGUAAAGACCGGGAAGAAGUACUGGAAUGGCUCUUGGUGUAUGUGCCUGAAGAUGAUCUGCCUCGAUGGAGUUUGCCGGAAGGGUAUUCGGCUGGUGUAAGUCUCGCUGCUGGAGACCUCGCACGAGAGGCUAAGAUUAAACGUCUUGCCUCUAUCGGAUAUCCCGCAGACCUAUGUACUCAGGUUCUUGAUAAGAAUAAUGGUGACGAGCUAGCAGCGGCAGAGUAUCUACAACGCACACUGGCAUAUGGGUCCGACUUUGCUUCUACUUCGAUUCCGGAAGGGAAUCCAGAGGCAUGGGCAGAGGAGCAAGACACCUUAGAAGCCAUUUUUGGAGAGCGCUACCACCGUGUCUCUCCUAGGGUCUGCGAGAUCAAGAGCGAGGCGCCUGAGAUCCCAGAGGGCACCUCGUUCCGUUUCCAGGAGCCAUCUUCACAUUACCCGUCUGCACCACCGAUAAUCUCAAUUCAAGGCAAGGGAUUCCCUGCUUAUAUCCGACUCAGUGCUAUUCGUCGAGCCGUGCAGCAUGCCGAAGAGAACUUCUCAGGCGAGUCUAUGAUUUUCAAUAUCAUGGAUUGGCUAGAAAUUAGUCUACCCUACAUCGUGGAAAAUCCAGGUCGACUUCGUGAGAUCUCUGCGGUUAGUGCUUCUCCAGCUGCCAACACACACGAGAUCCCUGUGCGCUCGUCUCGUAAACAGCGCCGAGGCAUUGACUGGAAGGCCUUUUCGCCGGCUAGCGCAGCACUCCUUGACGCCUGGGAAGCCAAGCAAGACACUGCUGCGCAAGUCGAAAUGUGUCGUAAGAGACAGUCACUUCCUGCUUGGAAUACUCAAGAUGCCAUCAUUGAAGCUGUCAACUCACACCAGGUAACCAUUAUCUCUGGUGAAACUGGUAGUGGUAAGAGUACACAGUCUGUCCAAUUCGUACUGGAUGACAUGAUUCGCCGAGGACUAGGAGGUGCUGCGAACAUCAUAUGUACCCAGCCUCGUCGUAUUUCCGCCCUAGGUCUUGCGGAUCGAGUCAGUGAUGAGCGUUGUUCUACCGUCGGUGAUGAAGUUGGUUAUGUGAUCCGUGGAGAGUCCAAAGCUAAGCAGGGCACGACCAGAAUUACCUUUGUCACUACCGGUGUUCUACUACGUCGCAUUCAAUCCGGAGGUGAUGCUGAUGGCAAUGUCGCCAGCUCGCUGGCUGAUGUGUCGCAUGUUGUAGUUGAUGAGGUUCACGAGCGCAGUCUCGAUACUGAUUUCCUCUUAGCGCUGCUACGGGAUGUUUUGCGGGUUCGCAAAGAUUUGAAGGUCAUCCUCAUGAGUGCCACGCUGGACGCCAACAUCUUCAUGAACUACUUUGGUGGAAGCAGAUCUGUGGGCCUUGUUAAUAUCCCUGGACGAACCUUCCCAGUCAAUGACUACUACUUGGACGAUGUCAUUCGGGAUACUGGAUUUGCUCCAGAGCUAAAUGAAUGGGACGAGGAUGAAGAGGACUCUUCUCGAGGAGAGGAAACAUUGGGCAAAGCUUUGCGCAGUGUUGGAAUGGGCAUCAACUAUGAUUUAAUCGCAACCACCGUUGAAUACAUCGAUGCUCAACUGGGUCACAACCCGGGAGGCAUCUUGAUCUUCCUUCCAGGAACAGUGGAGAUCGAAAGAUGUUUAAACGCAGUCCGCAGACUUCCUAACGUGCACCCACUGCCACUCCAUGCGUCUUUGCUACCAGCAGAGCAGCGCCGUGUUUUCCAAAGCCCACCUCAUGGCAAGAGAAAGAUCAUCGCAGCAACCAAUGUAGCCGAGACAUCAAUCACCAUUGAGGAUGUCGUCGCCGUCAUUGAUACUGGCCGUGUCAAAGAGACUAGCUACGAUCCAAAGGACAACAUGGUCCGACUACAAGAAGUCUGGGCAUCACAAGCAGCGUGCAAACAGCGUCGUGGUCGAGCCGGCCGUGUCCGUGCUGGUACAUGCUACAAGCUAUACACUCGCAAAGCCGAAUCCAAUAUGGCCCAACGACCAGAUCCAGAAAUCCGCCGUGUACCCCUCGAACAGCUCUGUCUAUCUGUCAAAUCCAUGAAGGGUAUCGACGAUGUAGCCACAUUCUUAGCCAACACAAUCACCCCGCCAGAGAGCAUCGCCGUCGAAGGCGCUCUCAGCUUCCUACACAGAGUCGGCGCCCUAGAUCACAAUCGUCUCACCGCACUGGGUCGUUACCUCUCUAUGAUCCCAGCUGAUCUCCGCUGUGCCAAACUAUUGAUCUAUGGCUCAAUUUUCGGCUGCAUGGAACCAUGUCUUACUGUCGCCGCAAUCUUAACAGUGAAAAGUCCAUUCGUCUCUCCUCGUGAAAGACGCGAAGAGGCCAACGCUGCGAAAUCAUCUUUUACUCGUCCUGGAGACGGUGACCUUCUCACCGAUCUAUCAGCCUACCAGUCCUGGUCCGAGCGAGCCCGUGCUCAAGGUUACUGGCAGACCCAGUCCUGGUGCGGUGUGAACUUCCUAUCUCAUCAGACCCUGCGUGACAUUUCGUCCAAUCGAGCUCAAUUCGUCACAUCUUUGAAGGAUGCUGGUCUCUUACCAGUAGAUUACAACGAUGGAGCAGGCGCAUGGAACCGCAAUGCCUCAAACCGGAAUCUUAUCCGCGCGCUCAUUGCAGGUGCUUUCCAACCGCAGGUUGCUCAGGUUUCGUUCCCAGACAAGAAAUUCGCUAGCUCGGUUACUGGUACAGUUGAAGUUGAUCCGGACGCUCGGACAAUUAAGUACUUUAAUCAGGAGAACGGGCGAGUUUUCAUUCAUCCGAGCUCGAUUCUCUUUUCUGCACAGGGAUACCCUAGUUCUGUGGCCUAUCUCAGUUAUUUCACAAAGAUGGCUACUAGCAAGGUGUUUAUCCGUGAUUUAACCCCUUUCAACGCUUACUCGCUUCUUCUCUUCUGUGGCUCUAUUACACUCGAUACUAUGGGCCGUGGACUCCUGGUAGACGGCUGGCUCCGACUACGUGGAUGGGCGAGGAUCGGUGUUCUUGUUUCACGGCUGCGUACCAUGUUAGAUGAGGCGCUUGCUGCACGAAUUGAUAAUCCUGUACUAGGAGCAGAUGGCGGAGCCGGGGAUAGAGUGAUCGAGGCUGUUAAAAGGUUGAUUGAGUUUAAUGGUCUGGACCAGUGA